ACGCGCAAGCAUUCGAUAUCAUACCUUCGCCCCGAGUACUUGUUUAAAAAUACACAGAAAUAAGAAUGUUGCUUUUAGUAUGUUGUCUGCUUGGAGUUUUUGGGGCUUGGGCGAAUAACAUACAGGGAGAAUGUCCAACGAUCAAAAUUCAAGAAAGUUUGGAUUACACUAAGUUUUCAGGCAGCUGGUACAACGUGGCCAGCUACGCCAGCGAUGGUCGAUCGAUCUACGACUGCUCUACGCUGGACUUCCAGGAGGACAACCUGGGUUACACCCUGAAGGAGACCUACGUGGUUGCUGAACUUGGGAACCGGACUCAGAAGUCUUAUCUGGCUAGGGUUGAUCCCACCUUCGAUGCUGGAAACAGGGCGCAGUUCAUUGUCAGUUACGAGAAUGCUGACAAAGUGCUGCAGUUCCCGUUCUUCAUACUAUCCACUGACUACGACAACUAUGCCAUCGCAUACACCUGCAAGACUUUCAAGAAGAAGCCGAGAACCCAUUACGUUUUCUCCUGGGUCUUAUCAAGAAACAAGCAAAAGUUACAAGGGGAAUCACUGAAAAAAGUAGAAGAUGUUUUGUCAAAAUACACGGAGUUGGCCGAGCAUAGACAGUCAUUUGUUUUCAAAGAACUCUCAGACGCAGAAUGUCAGUUCUCGCAAAAAUUCGAGACAGAUUUUUUUACUAGUAAUUUUUGGUAAUGUUAAAAAGAUUAAGUUAGUUUGCUUUAACGAUUAGCAUUCAAUUAUAAACCCUACUAAUGUGACUAGACCUUUUCCGAUGUUUAAUUUUUAUACUUACACUUAUUACAAAAAACUGUGAUUAUAGAUUUUUUUAUUAUAAACGACCGGUAUUUUUAUUGUUAUUUUAUUCUAAGACAACACUUGUUAUUUUGUUAAAUCACGUAUAAAUUCUUAAACACCGCUACAUAAUGUCAAUGAUCUAUCAAUAAAUGGCAAAAAUAUCCAUCGAUCGACUUUUAAAUGAAACCAAUCGUCUCUAAUUAACUAGUACAGAUUGCUAAUAGGCAUUAAGCCGACCAUUUGUAUAUUUUGUUUUGUAAAUUAUGCAAUUAACUUUAUUUAAAUAAUUAAAAUUACGUAUUGUAUAGGAUAGAGAAAACAAAUAAAACAUGAGAAAGAAAAAUCAUAUCCUUAUUACACAACUAUUCAACUAAGUUCUAAACGGACUUACAUAAAUUAUCACACUUUAAAUGUAAAGUAGUUAGAGUAGCAUAAACAGACACCAGCAAUUUACUACGAAAUGUGAAGUUGUUAGUCAUUUUCAUAAAAAGCUCCUCGUAGAUCAAUAUGCAUAUUAAUAAAUCACUAGAACAAAAGGAGAAAAAUUGAAGGCAUGUUUACAAAAACAACAUAACUACACUAGACAUGAAUUUACAGGAAACGAAAAAAACUAAAUGUCUUCUUAUACUAGUUAUUGGACAUAAACAUUGUAUAGGUGAUUUUAGUAAGUGGCCAAUAGUUCCGAAAUAUACGAUUACCUACACAUUUCAAAGACCAGUAUUUUUGGAAAAAAAUAGAAAAAUAAGUUCGUCACUUAUGCUGUUUUUGUAAAAUUUUGUUAGUUAUGUUCUAUUUGUAAGAAAAUAAAACAAGUUUCUAUAGAAAUUAUGUUUUGUAUUCUAUCAGAGAGGUACAGAUUUAUCUUACUUAACUAGUGGAUUUUGGACAAUUGGGGUUAUUUUUGGACACUAUCUUUUGCUCUACGUGUAGAUCCUGCUUAGACGAAGGCUAUGAUAUCCCAGCUUCCAAUCGGAUUAAAACCUAAUUGAAUCAUUGAGUUUUUAUUACUAUAGAGAAGCCAUACUAAACAAUAAAAUUAUUGUCACAAUCGCAAUCUGUACCGCUCGAACAAAAUGUCGAAAGCGCCGUAAAAUUCAUGGCGCUUACGCAUUUAGGUGGCGAGAUUCACGCUCCGCUUCCAUAUUUUGUUGUCGGUUGUCGGCCGUCAACAACCCAUGGCGCAAAAUACUGGUUUUCUGUGCCGGUUAUAUACCUAUAAUUGAAUAUUAUGUUCAAAUGGCUCUUAGCAAGAUGGUUCGUUUAUUUUUUAUUUUUAGUUAGUUAUUUCUUAUUUCUAAAGGGAUCAUUUGAAACUAGUUAUCGCUGUUACGAAUCCAAAACCGGUAUUUAUCAUUAAUUUCAUCAAGAUUUUAAGUGUAAUUAUAACCUGCUAUACUUAUAUGCUAUGUUAUUACAGACAAAGUGCUGCAGUUCCCGUUCUUCAUACUAUCCACUGACUACGACAACUAUGCCAUCGCAUACACCUGCAAGACUUUCAAGAAGAAGCCGAGAACCCAUUACGUUUUCUCCUGGGUCUUAUCAAGAAACAAGCAAAAGUUACAAGGGGAAUCACUGAAAAAAGUAGAAGAUGUUUUGUCAAAAUACACGGAGUUGGCCGAGCAUAGACAGUCAUUUGUUUUCAAAGAACUCUCAGACGCAGAAUGUCAGUUCUCGCAAAAAUUCGAGACAGAUUUUUUUACUAGUAAUUUUUGGUAAUGUUAAAA